UCUAUAAAACAAACUUGGUCACUAAUGCUAGCUUCCCACCAUCAACUUACACUCGUAUUUCCUCUAAUUUUCUUACUAUGGCUUCCUUUGCAAACCACAUUGUUUUAUUCUUCUUUCUGCUGCUUUCUUCUUCUGUCCAGAUUCAAGCUAGGGAGAGCAAGUUCUUUAGCAAGAUCUUCCACCUUGGGGCCAAAAUUUCUCCUCUAGUGGUACCUACACCAACGCCAGCACCAGCACCAGCAUCGGCGCCGGCACUAGCACCGACAGUGGCACCUGCAACGGCACCGGCUAACAUUGGUAUCCAAGAUCCUUAUUAUGGCCUCUAUGGUCAUGGCUCUGGCAUGUUUCCCCCUGCAAAAGAGGGUGUCACCACUAGCAACACUCCCACCGCUUUUGAAAACGAUCUUUUCGCCGAGGAACUUGCGGAUGAAAAAUACGAGAGCGGCUACGAGAAAAACAACUACAAUUACAACAACAACAACAACAAUGGCUACACCACAAGUAAGUACAACAACAAUGGCUACACUCUCAGCAGCUACAACAACAAUGGCUACAGCGGGAACUACAACACCAAUGGGUACAAUGACAACUACAACAACAAUGGGUAUGAGACAGAGAGACAAGGAAUGAGUGACACCAGAUUUGUAGAAGGUGGUAAGUAUUAUUACAAUAUGAAGAAUGAGAAGUACUACCCUAAUGGAUAUGAGUUUUCAUCAAGCAAGGGAACUACUAAAAAUGAAGGUUACUAUGGGAAUACAGAGAACUCCAAUGAGUUCAACUCCAUGGAAGAGUUUCAGAACAAGGAAGAUCAGUACAUGGAGAGGCAAGAAGAGUAUGUGCCCUAGAUAUUUGAUUAUCAUGAUUCAAGAAUGAAAAAGGAAACAGGAGUUUGACAUAUAUAGUGGUUCAUAUAUUUAAAGAUGAGGAAGAUUGAAGUUUAUGAAGUCUUUCCUGUGUUUUAUUAUUUUAUAGCCUUCACUUGUGUUUGCACAAUAGUUCAUGCUUUACAAAUCAAAAUGGAUCCAAGACUAUACAGUUUCACAUUUUGGACUUAA